GCCCGAGGAAGUUGGUGAUGUGUAUGGUAUGUAUACAAUGCCGAGUCCGACAAAAAGCCAGCUGCUGUUUGGUCAUUAAGUGAGUUUGAGUUUUCGAGGCUCCGCUUACAAUCACAUAAAAGCUGAAGUGAUACAGCUGUCUAACUUCUGAGCGCUAAAAGUUGUGUCACGGCAGCUGCUAUGCUACUCGUUUCCCUCCACUUCGCCACCUUUCGGCUCUCCAGGCUGGAGUGAACAUUAGAUGGGGGCCAUUACACCAGAUGAUGGAGGAUUUAACCAGGGGUCCACAUGGCUGCUGUGAAGGUGUGGAGUUACUACAGCGCCCGUGUCCUCGGAGGAUGGGGCCCGCUGCUGUGCAUCGCCCUCGGCUCACUGGUGGCGCUCCUGAUGCCCAUGGUUGGGGUGGAGGAUCAGUGCUGUGCCUCCCUGAGAGGUAUCGCCCAGCUACGCUGCCAGCUGUGGGGAAGUCCACAGCAGCAUCCAGCUGUGCAGUCCACCAGCCUCACUGUCCCCUUCACUGCUCUUGAUCUGCUGCCUCAGAGGUCCAAACCGAGCAAAGAGAUGAAGCUGGAGGCCAAAGCUGCUCUACAGCUGGCUCAGGAGAUGAAGAAACUUGGGAAGAGGGAGAAGGCUCACAAGCUGCUGGUGCAUGCACUUAGCAUGAACCCAGAGUUUGUGGAUGCCCUGACAGAGCUGGGGACCAUUUUAGAGGAGGAGAAAGAUGUUGUCCAGGCAGAUCACCUCUACACCAAGGCCCUGGCCAUCUCACCGUGCAAUGAGAGAGCCCUGGUCAGCCGAGACCGGACCCUUCCCCUGGUGGAAGAGAUCGACCAGCGUUAUUUCAGCAUCAUCGACAGUAAAGUGCGCCAGCUUAUGUCCAUUCCUAAAGGGAACUCCGCAUUCCGUCGAGUGAUGGAGGAGACCUACUACCACCACAUCUACCACACAGUGGCCAUUGAAGGCAGCACACUCACUCUGUCUGAAAUUCGUCACAUCAUCGAGACACGUUACGCCGUCCCCGGAAAGAGCCUCCAGGAGCAGAAUGAGGCCAUCGGGGUGGAUGCAGCCAUGAAAUACAUUAACACCACGCUGUUGUCGAGAUCCGGAGCCAUCACGGUAAAUGACAUCCUGGAAAUCCACCGGCGAGUGCUUGGCUAUGUGGACCCUGUUGAGGGAGGGAGGCUUCGCACCAGCCAGGUGUUUGUGGGCCACCACAUCCCUCCUCACCCUCGAGACCUGCAGAGACACAUGGAGGAGCUGGUUCAGUGGCUCAACUCUGACGAGGCACUGCAGCUGCACCCUGUGGAGUAUGCCGCGCUCGCCCACUACAAACUGGUGUACAUACACCCAUUUGUCGACGGCAACGGGCGCACAUCACGGCUGCUCAUGAACCUCGUGCUCAUGCAAGCAAGAUACCCGCCGAUUACUAUCCGCAAAGAACAAAGGGCCGAAUAUUACGCCGCUCUGGACACAGCCAACGAGGGCGAUGUGCGGCCCUUCAUUCGCUUUAUAGCCAAAUGUACAGAAAUAACAUUGGACACGUUGUUGAUUUCUACAACGGAGCACGCCGUAGGGCUGCCGGGAGCAGGCCAGGACCAGACUUGUUUUGACUGCAAGCAGACCAUCCCAUUCCACAACUGAGGGGAAAAUGAGCAUGAGACACUAGCAUGCAAAGAUGGAUCUAAGUUGAUCUGAAAGCUCCAUCAUAAAAUGUGAAUUACUUUGUCCCUUGGCCACAUCCUACCCAUCAUUCCCUCCUCACAGUUGAGAUUCUCUGCAUGCUGAAUUCUUCAUUCUGCUUCAGGACAUUGAAGUGAAAGUGGGCUUUUUGUUGUCAAGUUUGCUUUCACACAAGCAAUUUUCCUACACAACAAAAUGAAGUUGUUAUGGAAGAGUUCAGGCAUUGUGAUUCUCCAUCAUAGUACAUGAAUUUUGUCUACACUGCUGACAUGAUGAAACUAACCAUGAUGUUGUCUUGACUUGAAGCGUCUCCUUGAUUUUACCUGCCGCUGUGCACCUUGAACAUUUGGUUCUUUGACAUGAAGAUGUCUCCAGACACUGCGAUGCACUUUCCUGUAUUUUCUUAUUUAUUUUAAAGUAAAAGUGGUCUGUAAUAAACAGAGCUGGGCAUCAUUUAUAUGACUUUAUUAAAACCAGUUUAGACCAGAAAAGAAGGGGGAAAAGAAACAUGACAUGACUUCAUUUGUUUUACAGGACCCAAAAAUAAAACAAGGGAAGAAAGGAGACAAAAUCCAAAAGCACAAAAAUAAAUACUGAGAUUAAACAAAAAAAAAAUUAGCCUUUUAUUAUUUACCUCUAUUCCAAAUGUAAAACAUUGUCUAUAGAAAUUAUACAAACAGCAAUGCACAUACCUUUUU